AACCUGCCCAAAAAUUUCCAUAGUCCAAAUACACCAUUCAAAAUUCACACCAUACCUAAAUCCUUCAUACACCAAAAAUAUCCACACACAAAAAAUACCAUGUCCAGCUUCACUCAUGCCACUACACUACUCCAUGCUCACAUCAAAACCAAACACAAAAACACUUCAAACAACAUCAACAACAACGUUAACAACUCUUUAUCUUCUAAACAAAAUGUAACAAAUAGAAGAAAUUUAGUUUCAACAUUUCUAGCAACAUCAAUGGUUGGAGUAGUACAUGUUACAACAACACCACUAGCACUAGCACAGAAUUGGGGCACACGUUCUUUUAUGAAAGAACAUUUUUUUAUGCCAGGAUUGUCCCCUGAAGAUGCAGUUUUAAGGAUAAAACAAACAGCUGAAGGGUUACAUAAUCUUAGGGAAAUGUUGGAAACUUUGUCUUGGAGGUAUGUUAUGUUUUAUAUAAGAUUGAAACAGAAUUAUCUUGAACAGGAUUUGAGAAAUGCUAUCACUACUUUGCCUGAAAAUCGUCGCAAGGAGUAUGUUAAAACUGCUAAUGAGUUGGUUGAUAAUUUGACUGAGAUGGAUCGUUAUGUUCGGACACCAAAGGUAUAUGAAUCAUACCUAUACUACGAGAAGACAUUGAAAUCAAUAGAUGAACUUGUGGCUCAGUUAGCUUAGUGCAAAGUUGAAGCUGCAGGGUAUUGGUAUUUGGAAUUCUAAUUGUAUAAAACACAUCUUGACAUUUAAUUUUUUUGAAUUUUGGAUUUUCAAUUGAACAUAUAUAAAAGGUUUAGAAUGUGCAACUUCAAGUA